UUUUCUUUCUUUUUUUUUUUUUUCUUCUUUUUCUAUAUUAUUACCCCAGAUUUUUUUUUUUUAAUAACAAUGAAUGAUAUGGAUAUGGAUGAUAUGCCUUCUAUGGAGAAACCUCAAGAACAACCAGUUAAAAUACGAAAGAAACCUGGACGUAAACCUAAUCCUGCAUCACCAGCGUUACGGAAAGCUCAAAAUAGGGCAGCUCAACGUGCAUUUCGUGAACGAAAAGAACGACAUAUGCGAGAAUUGGAAGUCGCCAUCAAGCAAAUUAGAGAACAACGAGAUAAAUUAUUCUUAGAAAAUGAACAACUUCGAGCUGAUGCUGAAAUUAAUCGAUCUGAAAACUGGUAUCUCAAGGGUAUUGUUUUAACUUUACAAUUGGUUUGCUAUCAACAUAACUUGGCUAUUCCUCAACAUGGUCCUUUUGUCAAUGAUCAAGCUCUCUCUGUUAUGGCUCAAUCUACUCCUGGACCUAUUGCUGCUUACCUCAAUGUGAAUGCCAAUAGCAAGAUACCUACUCCUACUCAACUAUCUGGUUAUCAACACUCUAUUAAGCAACGUGAUCGUUAUUUAUCUGUGGGUUCCAUUGUCGUCACAAAGGAUGAUGUCUGUCAACAACAAUUUUCUUCUAUACAUACCUCUCCUCCUCCUCCUCCUCAACAACAACAACAACAACAAUCUCAAAUUGGUUUCACUUCUCAUCCAUUAUCACCUGACUCUUGUCAAGAUAUCAAUGUUCAUCCAUCCACUUCUGAAAAGGACGAAGAUGAAGAUAUUACCAUGCCAGAUUUAUCACCAGUAGAACAACCUCUCAUGGAUUCUAUGUCAACUGCCUCUAUACCACGUGGUCUUCAGAAUGAACCGAUCACUUCCAAUCUCGCUGCUAUUCAAACUCUUCGGUUACGUUUACGACUACAAUCUGCAUGUGCCCGUAUGGAUUCUGUUCCUUUUAGCAUUCAACCAUCUAUUCUUCAGUUGACUAUUCCACAUGAUCCAAGAAUUGAUCUUAUUCCUACUCCACAUAUGCGUGACCGCAUGAUCCUCUUUCGUGAACAAUUUGAUUUGGAUGAUUGCUUCAAGUGUUUAUUAAGUGGGUCUGUCUUUCAUGGUGGUGAUCCUGCUAUUGCUGCUAAUUGGCAACUACCCAAGGUGUUUUUUGAAAAAUACUGGUUUUUGACUAUUGAUUAUACAUUACGCCGUACUACUAAUAGAUGGAGACGUUUACAAGGAUUGAAUGAUUUGGAAUCUGAUUUGGAAAAACAAGAUACGAUAGAUAAAAAAGACAACAAACAAGAAGACAAAACAUCAUCAAUGAAUAGUAUGGAUACAGCCGCUUUAGCUGGUAUUCCUCCAUUGGAAAAUCAACAAUCAUUAAAUUUCACUGGUUUAUCAUCAUCCAUAGAACCUAGUUUUGGUCUUGCUGAUUUAUCAUCCUAUCUUGGAGUGGAAUUCAGUAAAUUGGAGCAGAUACGGCAACAAGAACAAAGGAAUUCUCAAGAUAAUAAUAGUCAGCCUUCUUCUUUAGACAUACCCACUUCACCAUUACAACAUCCAUUAUCACAACUCAACGAAGACGACUCUUUCGAACCUGUCAGAUUGACCAAUGGAUACUUAUUACCCCAAAAACCCAAAAGCCCUGUUGUCAAUCCAACCAUGACUCAUCACCCUGGAUCAGUCUCAUCAACAGCAUUACAACAAGAUCAACAAGAGCCAUGGGAUAAUUUAUUAAAUCAACCUGGUUACGAUUUGCUGGUCAAUAGUUUCCUACAUACUGAUCCUCAAUCAUAGUAUACAAUUUUCCUUAUUCUUCCGAUGUCCAUCAUUCUCAACAUACUCACGACUUUUUUUGUUAUCUAUCAUCUUUAUUGUCACACUUUUUUGUAUAGCUUUACUUCACCUAAUUUUUUUUCCCAUGUUUCACAAUAAACUUUUUUUUACAAAAAAAAA